UAAUUAUUUAAACUGUAUCCUACACUUCAUCAACACUGACUGACRUGGAUUUAGCAAGUGACAUCAAUAAGUGAUCAUAGCUAGCUUUCACCUGGCCAGUCUGUCAUGGAAAGAGCAGGUGUCCUUAAUGUUUUAUACACUCAGUGUAUAUGUGAUUUUGUCCUCGAGUUGAAAGAUGUGUUGUUAGUAACUAGGCUACUAAGUUAACUCAUGCAAACUCACACCAGUUAGUGAAACAUGUCAAGUAAUGUCUAGCGUUAGCAAUGUGCUAAGUUCGAAAUGCCCUUUUGAAGAUAGUAAGAUACGACACCGUUGACACAAUGAUUGGUUUGCCAUUACUACUACAGUGAAUGAAUGACGCUACAGCKAUGUGCUAACAUUUCGUAACUAGCUGGUACUCCCCUACCCGGUCUUGUCGACUACUACAGGUUCAUGCGGUUGGUUGAUGAUGAUGAGCAGCACACGGAGAACAUAAACACACGAAUUAAAUGUMAUCAUUUAGCUUAUGAAAUCUGCAGUUGGACGAAGCAAUACAACAGAACCACUUGCAACUGGACAAGGACAUUUAUGAGAUACACUUUUCUUCCAAAUCGAGAACAAAGAAAGUAUCGCCAAGACCAGGCUGGAUGAGUGGGGCAACCUUCCCCUCUUCGGAAGAGGCAGAGAUGAAUCGGAUCCACUAUGAGCUGGAGUACACCGAGGGCAUCAGCCAGCGCAUGCGCAUCCCCGAAACACUCAAAGUGGCCCCCGAAAACCAACAUGGGCUGCUGUCUCAGCCCCUGGCCCCCCACAUGAUGCAUGUACCAGAGAGGAUUGUGAUAGCAGGGGACGAUGGGGACUCCCGUUACUCCCGGCCCAGAGACCUAGACCUGAUCCAGUCCACUCCUCCUGUGGAUUUACUGGACAUGAAGGCGCCGCCACRAAUACUCACCCUCAAUGAACAUUCCCUGGACUCCCUGGAGACUGAUCAGGCUCCCACAACACAGUCCCACGCCAACCAGGGGGUCCACUCUCGGUCKCUGAGGGAGCGCACUGUGAGCGAUACCACCAGCAUCCGCCAGAGCGGCCCGGCCAACAGAACCCACGUAAGUGUAACCCUGUCCCCCGUCGCCCCCCCUCUCCGUGCCUGUCCUCCACUGUGUACCCCUGAGGACGUGGUGAACCUACAGUACAGUGCUGGAGGAUUGCUGUCCUAUAUCCAAUGCACCACGCGCCGGGCCUACCAGCAGGUCCUGGAGGUCCUGGAGGUCGACAUCCACCGCAGGGCUGGUCACUUGGCCCUCGACAUGGACAUGACCCCUGACGAUUCAGGYUUAGUGGACGCCUCGUCAUUACGGCGACAGAUUGUGAAGCUGAACCGACGUCUGCAGCUACUGGAGGAGGAGAACAAGGAGCGCUCCAAGCGAGAGGUGAUUCUCUACUCCGCCACCGUGGCGUUCUGGCUCAUCAAUACCUGGAUCUGGUUCCGACGUUAGAACCGCACGGAACCCAAUGACCAGGUCCUACACUGUCAUUUAACCAGAAAUAUCUCAAUUCCUUCUACAGAUUGUAACACCAGAUAAUGUGAUUUAAUCAAAACAAUGUYUUUAUCUAAUAUACUGGGAGUUACCGGUUAGGUACUGUUUGGUGUAGCACAGAACAUUUCAGACCGACMUUAGUUUGGCGAUACUGUCCUCAUCCUCUAUUUGUAGAAACAGGAGUCUCAUAAAAGGGUGCAAGGGGGUCCAUGACAUUUUAUUUUUUAAAUGCUCUGUUAUUAAAAUAAAUACUUUUUAUGAUCCGUGAAGUAAUCCAACAAUGUGUACACCGCCAUCUUGUAUAUUUCAAGUCUUCUCACAUUGAUCGAGACAGGUGUCUGUCAUCACUUUGGGGUGGACCCACUUGUUUGGAGCAAAACUAAAUUGUGGAGGGGGGGGUGGGAUCUAUGACAGCUCCCGACUGCCUAAUCUGUUGGUUAAAAAUAUGGCUUGGAUGUCCCCAUCGAUCCAGAUUGCUUGAACCAGUGAGGCUGAUGAAAUUACAAGGAUACAGGCAAAGGAAACCAGUGUUGAGAUUUCCCCAAAUGUAAGCAUUUAGUUGCACGUCCUGUGUGAAGGGAUUCAUACCAUUACUCCAUKUUAUGGUGUGGAUUGACUAUUUAUUUCUCUCCUACCUCGAUGUUGGCAAGAAGCGGCGCAUGAGUCUAAAUGUCUAUUCAUUAUCAUCCAAUGAAGUCUUUAGCACUGUAUGACGUAAUUGCCGUGUGUGGUAAAAAUUGUUUGAACUCAUAUUUUUCAGGAAUAAAUAUGUAUGUAUCUUGUGAAAUAUAUGAGCUAAGAAACAUUGCGACAAAUGUGAUUAUGUUCUGUAUUUAUCAGGCGCUGUUUUCGCUGCACGAAGCUGGCAUCUUUAGUUGAAAAACAGUUUUUUUUUAUUUUGUUUUCUUUAGAUUAACAUUUUGUGUAUUUUUAUGUAUGUAUUUAUUUUCUUUAGUUGAACAUGUAUUUGUGCAUUUAUUUAUCUAUUUUCUUGUAAUAUCAAUGGAUUUUUUGGAAAUAUUUUACUUGUAAUAAAUGAUGUGUGGUUGAAAAGGA